AUGACGCUCGAGAUUGAGGAACAGUCAUUAUGUCGUUCCAGUAUUGCGUGGUCUCAUAGCGACGAGGCGUCGAACGAUUUCCGAUCAGAUUAUUGCACCAAGCCCACGCUGCCCAUGCUACGAGCCAUCAUCAAUACAUCCCUUGGUGAUGAUGUGACCGAGGAAGACGCAACGACCAACUCCUUCCAGGAGUACGUUGCAGACUUGCUGGGCCAUGAAGCCUCACUUCUGGUCUUGUCAGGCACCAUGGGGAACCAGGUGUCUCUCCGAACCGCUCUGGGAGCCCCUCCUUAUUCCAUCCUUGCCGACCAUCGAGGACACAUCAUCCAUCUGGAAGCGGGUGGCGCGUCCAUGCUCUGUGGUGCUCUCAUCAAAAUGGUCGUUCCCUCCAAUGGCCACCACCUCACUCUGGAAGAUGUCAAGCUGAAUAGCACUGUUACCGAAUCACCCUACGACUGCCCAACUCGGGUGAUUAGCUUGGAGAUCCCACUUUCGGGCACAAUCAUGCCGCUGUCUGAGGUUCGUGCCAUCUCUCAGUGGGCACGCGCUCAGAGCCCACCGAUCCAUAUGCACCUGGACGGGGCUCGUCUCUGGGAAGCGGUGGUCUUGGGAAGCUUCACACUGCGAGAGAUCGGAGAGUGCUUCGACAGCAUUCAGUUGUGUUUGACCAAGGGCCUUGGGGCGCCCAUUGGUAGUGUGGUCGUCGGGAAUUCCAUUUUUAUCAAGCGAGCCAGGUGGAUUCGCAAGGUUUUAGGGGGUGGCUUACGCGCUGCCGGCUUGAUUGCCGCCCCUGCCCGAGUAGCCAUCGAGGAUGUGUUCCUGGGUGGAAAGCUGAAGGCAGCCCAGGAAAAGGCCAAUAGGGCCUCGGUUCUGUGGGAGCAGCUGGGCGGAAAGCUUCAACGGCCAACCGAGACGAAUAUGGUCUGGCUGGACUUUGACGCUUCUGGCCUGACGCGUGAUGAUUUCUAUCCUAUGAUGCGCAAAUUUAACUUGAUCGCGAUGGAGCAUCCAUUGAUGAAUGGGCGUCUCGUUUUUCACUACCAAAUCACCGACGAUGCGUUCGCAAAGCUCUGCCAAGUGUUCAGGGUCGUCCUCAAAGGUGGCUCGGACUAG